AAAAAAAAAUUUAUAACCUAAUGUUCUGUUUACAAUUUAGCCUUUUCACAUUUAUAUUUUAUUUUUAGUCAAUAUAAUUGUUAUAUGAAGCCAACCUUACCGUGAAUUUAUGAAAAUGGCUUUUAUUAGACGGUGUUUGCCCCUGUUAAUAAAAGGCGUAAACCUUAUUCCAUUAGCCAAACAAGAGAAAAGUAUACAUCGUUGGGUCGCCCCUACACUAAUGGAAUUUAAGAGACGAGAAAAAAAACAAGGCGGUAAAAUAACGAAUCCACGGAAUACUUUUCUUGAAUGGAAUUUAGAAGCUGAAUUAUUUGCAUUUGGAAAACGUUUGGGUGAGGAUUUCGACUCCAGCUUACUUCUACAAGCUUUUACUGACCGUUCAUAUGUAAUUAAGGAAGAAAUGAAACAGAAGGAAAUGGAAUUUGCUGUCAAUAUGAAAGACAAUAGAGAGCUAUCAGAUGAAGGAAUGAAGUUCAUGGAUGAAUAUGUGCAAUUGUACUUAGAAGCUGUAUUACCCAAAUUUCCUAAAGAAGGAAUAAUCAGUGUUAAGAAGCAUCUUUUGAGUGAAAAUGUAUUAGCAAAUAUAUCUCUUCAUUUGGGAACAAAAGACAUUAUAUUAGCUGCUGAGUAUCCAGUAGACAACUAUACCUUGGCAAAUACAUUUAAGGCACUAGUGGGAGCCUUACUUCAGUCAUCUGGUGAAGAUAAAACAGCUUACUUUGUUAGAGAUUUUGUCAUCACUCAGCUACAAGGUCAAGAUGUAAAUGAAUUCUGGCAAAUUGAAGAUCCUUGGACAAUGCUGACAGAGCUUAUCAACAAAACUGAGGCUUCUAUUGAACCAAGACUCAUUGGAGAAGUUGGCAAAGGAACAUUACUAGCUUGUUACAGAGUAGGACUAUAUAUUAAUAAAAAUAUGCUUUCUGCAGGUUUUGGAGAGUCAAUUUCUGUUGCAAAAGAGAUGGCUGCUAGGGAAGCAUUAAAAAAGCUAUUUGGAACUGAAGAAAAUAUGCACCCUAUCAAUUUCAACUUGCAAAUUAUACCCAAGGACACUGCUAGAUCUCAACACCAAAUAGGAUCAAGUUAAAUAAUGGUGUUUUCUUAGUGGUAACUUAGAAUAAGGUACUUAGUUUGUAAUAUAAGCAUUUGAUAUAAUAGAAAAAUACAUAGUUCUAUAUAAAAACUUUAAUUUUACAUUCCUAUCAACAAACAUUAAAAAUAACAAUACAUUUCA